UAUUGAGCGUUUGAGUAGGUUUGAGUAAAACGAAGGUAAAACGUCACUAAAACGUCAAGUCAAAUUUGACUUUGUUAUUUGGUUUUGUCAAGGUUUUGUGCAUAGUGGUUAUUAUUUUGUAGCCGCAUAAAUAGCAGUUCGCGUUGACUGACCAGAGUCCGCGAAUAAACAAUCCCCCACACCCACUUUUUAUCUGAUUGUCUAGAGUUUCCACGAAAUGGCUCAAACAUUAACUUUCGGUGACUCAUGCGCUCCGGUGACUUGUCACGCAUGGAAUAAAGAGAGAAAUCAAAUUGCAUUCUCACCUAACAACAAUGAAGUGCAUAUUUAUCAAAAAGAAGGUAAUGAUUGGAAGCAAACUGAUAAUCUUGUGGAGCAUGAUAUGAGAGUCAUGGGUAUAGAUUGGGCACCAAAUACCAACAGAAUUGUGACCUGUUCAGUAGACCGUAAUGCAUAUGUGUGGACCCAAAAUGAGGAGGGGAAGUGGACAACAACUCUAGUCUUGUUGCGUAUUAACCGCGCCGCUACUUGCGUAAAAUGGUCCCCAAUGGAAAACAAGUUUGCAGUGGGAUCUGGUGCUCGUCUGAUUUCAAUUUGUUACUUUGAAAAGGAAAAUAACUGGUGGGUGUCCAAGCAUAUCAAGAAGCCUAUUAGAUCUACUGUAACUACUCUAGAUUGGCACCCUAAUAACAUUUUACUGGUUGCUGGGUCUACUGACUUUAAAGUACGGGUAUUUUCUGCUUAUAUAAAGGAUAUUGAAGAUCAACCUGGCCCUAAUGUUUGGGGAUCUAAAUUACCAUUGGGACAACUGUUAGCGGAAUUCCCUUCAACUGGAAGUGGUUGGGUCCACUCAGUUUCCUUUUCUGCAGAUGGAAAUAAAGUUGCUUGGGUCGGACAUGAUAGCUCAAUUAAUAUUGCUGACGCUACACAAGGCAAAGCAGUGAUUAAACUUAAGACUGAAUAUUUGCCAUUUUUGGGUUGCAUUUGGAUUUCAGACAACUCUUUAGUAGUUGCUGGGCACAGCUGCAUUCCAUUACUGUACUGCCAUGACGGAGAUCAAAUCAAAUUUGUUGCCAAACUAGAUAAUACUCAACGCAAGGAGUCUGGUGGACUGUCUGCUAUGAAGAAGUUCCAGUCGCUCGACCGUAACGCCAGAAUUGAAACAAAUGAUACAUUCCUUGAUUCUAUUCAUCAGAAUGCCAUAACCUGCAUGAAUUUAUACAAAGGUACUAAGGCAAAUGCUAAAAAGUUCAGUACUUCUGGUUUAGACGGCCAGCUAGUCAUUUGGGAUAUGGAAUCCCUUGAACGGUCCAUUGAGGGUCUGAAGAUUGCUUAAUCAAAGACAUGCAUUUAAUUAUUAUUUUAUUAUAUAAUAAUGAAUAAUAUAAUCAGUUGCUUGCGAGUUCUGAAAUCACUCAAAAUGAAAACGGAAAGCUGUGAAUAAAUUAUCACAAUCACAGUUUGAUCAGUCUAGCCGAAACAAUAAGAAGCAAUGCAAUGAGUGAGUCCAGUCCUCUGACUGUAAAAACAUUCAAAUAUACAGAAAUAAACUAUUAAUUUAUAGAUACAACAGC